AUGUCUCCCGCCCCCGCCGUCAACCAGGACUACAAGUCCAGCCUACUGUCUCUGCUGGUCGCCAACAAUGCCCUGGCAUUUGGCACUUUCACGCUGAAGUCCGGUCGCGAGUCGCCAUACUUCCUGACCUCGAGCCGUCUUUAUACUGCGCCUCUGUUGCGCCAGACUUCGGCCUCGUUCGCCAACGUGAUCUCAGCCCCGCCAUUUGUGUCGGUGGGAGGUGACGGUGCCAUCACUCCAAACUUUGACAUUGUCUUUGGACCCGCUUAUAAGGGGAUUCCUGAAUGCGUGGGCGUCGUCAACGAACUCGCGGUUCGCGAUGCACUCGCCAGAACUUCGACAUGGGAUAACAUUAGCUACUCGUUCAACCGCAAAGAAGCCAAAGACCACGGAGAAGGAGGAAACAUCGUUGGCGCACCACUCAAGGGUAAACGUGUCCUGAUUGUCGAUGAUGUGAUUACUGCCGGCACAGCGCUGCGCGAGGCUGUUGGGAUUAUCCAAAAGGAGGGAGGCACUGUUGCCGGCGUCGUCCUGCUGUUCGACCGCCAAGAACGAGUCAGUGACACGGAGCGCAAGAGUGCUAUCGGUGCAGCGGAACGAGACCUUGGUGGAAAUAUUCCUAUCCGGGCAGUGUUGGUCUUUCAGGAUCUGAUUGAGAAAUUGGGAGAUAAGAUCGGGGAAAAUGAAGUGCGUCGACUGGAGGAAUACCGGGCCAAGUAUGGUGCCGAAUAG